GAGAGGAGCGGGCCUCGCGAAGCCUGCUGGGAGCCAGCGAGCGAGCGGGCGGGCCGGCGGCGGGGGGGGGAAGGUGGCCGAGUGGGCGCCCUUCCCUGCUGCCGCCUCCUCGUCCUCCUCGUCCUCCUCGUCGUCCAUUCAUUGCCGACCCGGCCUCUCCGCCGGCCCUGCCGCCGCCGCCAUGGAGGCGCUGAUCCCGGUCAUCAACAAGCUGCAAGACGUCUUCAACACGGUGGGCACCGACAUCAUCCAGCUGCCCCAGAUCGUGGUGGUCGGGACGCAGAGCAGUGGGAAAAGUUCCGUUCUGGAAAGCCUGGUGGGAAGGGAUCUGCUCCCAAGAGGAACGGGGAUUGUGACCCGGCGACCCCUCAUCCUGCAGCUGGUGCAUGUAUCGGCUGAGGAUCGUCGGAAAACAGCUGGAGAAGAAAACGACCCUGCAUCCUGGAAACAUUCAAGGCACCUUUCUAAAGGGGUUGAUGCAGAAGAAUGGGGGAAAUUUCUCCACACCAAAAACAAGCUGUACACCGACUUUGAUGAAAUUAGGCAAGAAAUAGAGAAUGAAACUGAAAGGAUUUCAGGAAUCAAUAAGGGGAUCAGCCCUGAGCCUAUCCACCUAAAGAUUUUUUCGCCAAAUGUCGUCAACUUGACUCUGGUAGAUUUGCCAGGGAUGACAAAGGUACCGGUGGGUGACCAGCCAAAGGAUAUUGAGCUCCAGAUCCGGGAACUAAUCCUCCGAUUCAUUAGUAACCCCAAUUCAAUCAUUUUAGCCGUCACCGCUGCCAACACAGACAUGGCCACUUCUGAGGCUCUCAAAAUAGCACGGGAGGUGGAUCCAGAUGGGCGGCGCACCCUUGCGGUUAUCACCAAGCUGGAUCUGAUGGAUGCUGGUACCGAUGCGAUGGAUGUACUUAUGGGGAGAGUGAUACCUGUUAAACUUGGCAUCAUUGGCGUGGUGAAUAGGAGUCAAUUAGAUAUUAACAAUAAGAAGAGUGUGGCUGAUUCGAUUCGCGAUGAGUAUGCUUUUCUCCAGAAGAAGUAUCCCUCUUUAGCCAACCGGAAUGGAACAAAGUACCUCGCAAGGACGCUCAAUAGGCUACUCAUGCACCACAUUCGGGAUUGUUUGCCAGAACUGAAGACCAGAAUCAACGUUUUAGCUGCUCAGUACCAGUCUUUGCUGAACAGCUACGGGGAGCCCGUCGAUGACAAGAGUGCCACGUUAUUGCAGCUUAUUACCAAAUUUGCCGCUGAAUAUUGCAACACCAUUGAAGGGACGGCAAAGUACAUCGAGACUUCAGAACUGUGUGGUGGUGCUAGAAUUUGCUACAUUUUCCAUGAGACCUUUGGGCGCACCUUAGAAUCUGUUGAUCCGCUUGGUGGCCUGAACACCAUUGACAUCUUGACCGCCAUUAGAAAUGCUACUGGUCCACGUCCUGCCUUGUUUGUGCCUGAAGUUUCAUUCGAACUGCUGGUGAAAAGGCAAAUCAAACGCUUGGAAGAGCCCAGCUUGCGGUGCGUGGAGCUUGUUCACGAAGAAAUGCAGAGGAUCAUUCAGCAUUGUAGCAAUUACAGCACACAGGAACUGCUGAGGUUUCCAAAGCUCCACGACGCCAUUGUUGAAGUUGUGACCAGUCUCUUGCGUCGGAGGCUACCAAUAACCAACGAAAUGGUUCACAAUUUGGUAGCCAUUGAGCUGGCCUAUAUCAACACUAAGCAUCCCGACUUCGCUGAUGCCUGUGGGCUAAUUAACAACAACAUAGAGGAGCAAAGGCGGAACAGGCUGGCCAGGGAGGUGUCUUCUGCCACAUCUCGAGACAAGUCUUCUAAGCCUCCUGGUGUUUUGGCACCAUCCUCCCAGGAGACCUCUGCUGCCGGUCCUGCCGAGGUGGAUGGCAAGAUGCCCCCUGCUGUGGGAGAUGGAAAUCCAGAAUCUGGAACAGGGAACUGGAGAGGAAUGCUGAAGACCUCCAAGGCGGAGGAGAUAUUAGCUGAGGAAAAAUCCAAACCCCUGACAGUCCUACCAGCGAGCCCUCAAAAAAGGCAUGCUGUAAAUUUGCUGGAUGUGCCUGUUCCUGUUGCACGGAAGCUUUCAGCCCGCGAGCAACGAGACUGUGAGGUGAUUGAGCGCCUGAUUAAAUCCUACUUCCUAAUUGUGAGGAAAAAUAUUCAAGACAGCGUGCCAAAGGCAGUGAUGCAUUUCCUGGUGAACCACGUGAAAGAUGCUCUCCAGAGUGAGCUAGUCGGACAGCUGUACAAGGCCUUAUUGCUGGAUGAUCUUUUGACUGAAUCGGAGGACAUGGCUCAGCGUAGGAAGGAGGCAGCUGACAUGUUACAGGCCUUGCAACGAGCCAGUCAGAUUAUUGCUGAGAUUCGGGACACACACCUCUGGUGAAAGGCCCCCCCCCCCUCUGUCUGAGCGAAGAAACUGAUGACUUGAACAUUGCUAGGCAUUACAUUCUUAUGAACUAUGUACACACUGCAGUAUAUAUCAGUUUGCUCAUGUAAGGACACUGUUUGGUUUGGCUUCCAGUGGACAGAAAAAGUGUGCUUUACAGUGCAAAACAUGUCUUACGUGAUCCACAGAAACAUGUAUUUCCCUACCAGUUUCCUGGUGCCAGACACCUACCUAAUCUGUUGUCCAGUGAGGGGAUUGAACUGAACUUGAGCAGAGAACCAUGUGAAAAAUUCCAGUGCCUGGCUUGUUAAAUGAGUUUGCCCACAAGUAGGAUGAACAGUGUAGCGUUGUGAUGUAGUGUUUUUCAGCUGCUUCUGCAACAUAGGCUUUUAAACCAUGAAGAAAGGACACCACAGCAUUUUCUUUCUUACAAGUAAAUCUGCAUGUCUCAGCCUGAUAAAGUGACACAGUAAAGUGACACAGUAGAAUCACUGCCAUAUCUCUGUGUUGUAUACCCCUGUGUUUCAGAACAAAAAUAUUUUGCGACUGUCCAGACUGCAUUAACAACAUUUCCCCAUUGAGUUAGAUGAGCCUGGAACAUUUCACAAAUAGAGAUUUCGCCAACAAUUACUGCCGGCUAAGGACCUGGCAUACCGCUGGUAGGGUGAAGUGUAAAACCCCCGUUUCUGCUGCCCUCCCCUCUUCCACUGGGACCAAGACCUCUGGACUGUCCAUUUAAAGAGUUCCAGAAUUAAAAAAAAGAACAGCUGUAAAAGCACUGAGGGCUGAUCAUUGCUGUCAUAUACUUGUGGGAAGAUAAAGCAUGUUAGAACUAAGUGAAGUUAAAGGCAGCUGUCUACUAGAAGUUACCUUAAAUCUCAACACUUCAGUAUGCUGUCAGGCUUGGUGGGGUUGGGGGGGGGGUCCUACUCAGCUAACUUCAUUGUAACUGUUGCAUUUACAUUGCUGGAUUAUUAUGUACCUGACAGACAGGUCCCCACCUCAUCCUAAGACACAACAAGGGCUGUUCUCUUGCUUAGAAGAAAUACACGUACUGUCCUGUGCUUAGCUUGCCUUGAGCCAACACAUGGCCUUCCUCAACCAGUAAUGCUGUGGGCAACUAAGCUCUCUUGCACUUUGGGCAUAUGAUACAUCCAUGCAGCCCUCACACAAGGAAGGCCCCAAGGAAGUGAUCUGAUUUCCCUUUUAAAAUAAGGGGGGGGGGAGAGAAUAAAAGUUUUUCUUUUUGGUAUUCAAGGAGAAAAUGUAAUGCUAAUUGUGUCAUGCUGAUUGUGUCUCUUCCUCACUGAAAGUUGUUUGCACUUGAAUUUAUUUUGCCUCUUCUUAAAAUGCAGCAGUUGGAGGCAUCCCCAAGACACAUACCAAAAAAAAAGGCCUAUUUAAUCAUAUAUGGAAAUAAAAUUGACUGUGUUUAAAGACUGACUUAUUGGGGUCUAGCAAAUCUGUGGGGCAAGGUGGGUGGCAUGUACUGAACUUGGUAACAGAUGCCAUGCACUCGGAGGGGCACACUGUUCCUCCCACUGAUGUGGUCCCAUUAAGUUCAGUGACCCUUUUUAGCAUUCAUAGACUUGGGGAUCACCACUCAUGGGAUUCUCUUCUUUGAACUCGUCUUUUAGCUACCACGCUGUUCCUGAUCUCACCUGCUUUCCCCCAAUGAAAUAUUUAACGUUCUAUGUGUCCAUAAGUGAACCCAUUCUUGAGGUACUAGUGUUUAUGAACUGUUGAAAAAAUUGGGUUUGCUGCUUGCAUAGAAGGUUAAUAAGCUUUUAAGACCUUCAUGGAAGUAUUGAGAACUUUCCAAGCAACCUGGUAGAAAUUCCACUUUUUUUGCUGCUGUUGCUUGGAAACUUUGUGGAGUAAAUGAGAACCCCGCAGGAUCUAUGCAGAUGCCAAAAUCCCAUAGGGUGUUUUUAGGACUGUCAUAACUGGGUGUUGAAUAUAGAAAUAAUUUGACUUGCCUGAUCGGUUCAAAAGGGUUCUUCAUUCCUAUCUACUAGCUGGUGUGGCUAGUCAUAUGAGCCCUGUGGGGGAGGCGGCUCAUCCAUGUCUCUUUUCCUUGUCUGCCUAGGUGUUAACUCUCUUAAGUCAUCAACACCUGUGUGUUAACCAUGGAUCUGAAGCGCAUGCUUCAUCUUCAGAGGGCAAACAGUAAAUGGUCACAGGACUAAAUUGGACUUUAUUAAUCUAUUUGAUCCUUUAGGUUUUAAAGGCAAGCCAGUUUUUACUACAGUGCCCAACUCUCACAGGCUGGAGGCAAAAAUUCAAAAUACUGCUUUGGAAUUGGCCAGUUGCUCACUCAGUAUUCAUCCAGCUAUUGUUACUUAUUGGAUAAAUAUAUACACAUCUAAAAUAGAAGCAACUAAUGGGCCACCUCUGCUGCUUUGCUCAUAUGGCGUGAGCAGAGCACUCAAGUUCUACAAGGCUGGCCUGCUGUGUAUGGAUUAUGCACUUUUGGAUCAUCAGGGUCUGACUACAGUUAGACUUCCAUGUCUAAGGGAACAGAAGUCUAAUCUCCCCUGUAGCUGUACUUUUUCUUCCAUAUUUCAUGUCCUCCUGUAUUACAGUGCAAUUUAUAAUAAGCAAAUAUUGGUAAGGCUGUUGAAGAAGCUCAACAUACUGAAGCUUAGAUAUAUUUGACUGAGUACCUGAUGUAUUUAUGUAGUUACAAUUGUAAAUAAAACUGACUGUGUAAAAGUGGCACAGUUUUACAUUAAUAA